AUGGCACCUCUCGCGCCUACCUUCAUUGGCCACAUAGCCACCACUAUGGACGCGGCCGUCCUCUUUGAGGCCUGUCUGCAGGGCCGCAUCCCUCACGUUCCGCGCCGCCCCCAUGACCGCGAACGCCAGGACCUGAUUGCCAGCGGAAACGUCUUCAUCUACGAAGAGCAUGCGUCUGGCAUCAAGCGGUGGACCGACGGCGUCUCGUGGAGCCCCAGCCGCAUCCUCGGCAACUUCCUCAUCUACCGCGAGCUGGAGAAGCCGUUUCCUCCCGGCGAGAAGAAGCGGGCGCUCAAGAAGAAGAAGCCCAGCAACGGCGGCAUCAACAGGCCCGAACGCACAAACAGCCAGAGCCACGCCCAGCACCACAGCGCGGCCUUUGCAGCAGCCAGCAACGCAGCCAUUGGCAACACCAUGGGCUCGGCUCAGCCGUCCGAUCCAGAGCGAUCGCUGGUGGGCUCGCUGGUGGACUCGUACCCCUUCAAGCAGGGCGGCCUGAUCAAGAAGACAAUCAGCAUCCACUUCCAGGGCGUGCCGCACCAUCUGGUCAGCUACUACAGCCUGGAUGAUGCCCUCAACGGAUCCAUGAACACGCCAUCCAACGACGUUCGCUUCUCCGACAUCCGCCCUCGCACCGAGCUGCUCAUGAACCAGAACUUCCGCAACCCGCUCGAUGAGACGGCCAUCUUUGCCCACGAGGAC